CUUGUGACGUAAUAUCUGAUAUUCGUAUAGCUGGUAGUGGUAGUAGAGUUCGAGCCAUUCCCGGCAUACUCCGGCAUUAAGAUUUUUGCAACUAUUGCGGCGAGUCUGCGAUCAGCGGUUACUUCUGCACUUCACAUUUUCUGAUAUUAGUUUAUAUAAACAAGUUGAUUCGUCACAGUUCCAAUAAUGUUCGCAGCAAGACGUGCUCUGUUUUCCAACACAAUCAAAGACACAUUUGUGAGAACAAAACAUUCACUACCUGAAUUACCCUAUGAUUACAAGGCUUUGGAACCUAUUAUCUGCGCUGAAAUUAUGCAACUUCAUCAUUCAAAGCAUCAUGCGACAUAUGUUAACAAUUUAAAUGUUGCCGAAGAGAAAAUGAAAGAAGCUGUCGCUAAAGGUGAUGUUAAUACGCAAAUUGCAUUGGGUCCAGCUAUUAAAUUCAAUGGAGGAGGUCACUUAAAUCAUUCAAUUUUCUGGUGUAAUCUUUCACCAAAUGGCGGUAAACCAGAUGCUGCACUCCUCAAACAGAUUGAGAAGGAUUUUGGUAGUAUGGAAGAGAUGAAAAAGCGGUUAUCUGAGAGUACUGUUGCAAUCCAAGGUUCUGGUUGGGGUUGGCUUGGAUAUUGUCCAAAAGCAAAAUCUUUAAGGAUAGCUACUUGUGCUAACCAAGAUCCUCUCCAAGCUACAACUGGUCUGAUACCACUUUUUGGUAUCGAUGUUUGGGAACAUGCGUACUAUUUACAAUAUAAGAAUGUUCGACCUGAUUACGUUAAAGCUAUCUUCGACAUAGUGAACUGGAAUGACGUGAAUAGCCGUUACAACAAUGCUCAGAAAUGUUAGAGAGUGAAGGAAAAUAUGAUAGUGACUAAAAUGAUUUUUACAUAGUAUGAACCUUUUCCGAGAAUCAAUUUCGUAUUCUCUCUCUUCUUGUUUGUCUUCAGAAGACAUUUAUGAUUUUAUAUAAACCUGUUUCAUAUAUAUUGUACACAUAUAAUAAUAAAUGGUAAUGAAAUUUGCCAGAGAAGUUA